AUGUCAGGACAAUUCAUUACACCUAAAAAACGUCCCCUUUCCGAACUAGAUAGUAAUGGAUUGCUUCGUACUUUUGAAGACCCUCAGGAUAUGAUAAAUGCGGUGAUAUCCACGUUACUGGCCCCGGAAGAAAAAACCAAUGUUUCUAUUGCAUAUGCUAAUGACAAAAAUCAAGCCACAGAAAUCCAAGCUUAUGCGAAGAUUGCUGGGAAAGAUUGGACAUUUUAUGUCAAGUCGUUGGCAGUUUCGAUUGGAAGAAACACGGAAUUGUCUGCACCCAGCAAUACCAACAUAACCACACCCUUGAUAGAUAUCGACUUGGGUCCAGCUAAAGUAGUCAGCAGACUGCAUGCUGCCAUUACCUAUAACCUAGAUUUAAGAUGUUGGGAGUUAAAAGUUCUUGGAAGAAAUGGUGCAAGAAUAGACGGUCAAAAAGUGAGUGUUGAUUCUCCAAAUGUCAAUGCGUUACACUCGGGAGCGAUCUUGGAUAUUGGUGGUACCCAAAUGAUGUUUAUUUUACCAGAUGCUCCAGCAGUUGUUGCACCCAAAAUGUUGGAGAAAUGUCUCCUCAAGUACAAGGAACAACAACAGAACCAAAACAAACGAAUUUCAAGCGGACCUGGUGUUGGUGGCUCCACAAGUUUUCAAAUGUUUGAUAAAGCCCAUCUAACCCAUUCGCCUUCAUCAAUUUCAGCAAACUCGCUUCAAUCAAAUUUGGACCAAGAUUUGUCGAAAGAGGAAGCCAAAGAUAUCAAGCCUCCUUAUUCUUACGCAACAAUGAUCACUCAAGCAAUCUUAUCAAAUCCUCAGGGUGUAAUGUCAUUGUCUGAGAUUUACAACUGGAUUGCUGAUCAUUAUGCAUACUAUAAGUACUCGAAAACAGGGUGGCAAAACUCCAUUAGACAUAACUUGUCCUUGAAUAAAGCGUUUGAGAAAGUGCCAAGAAGACCAAAUGAACCAGGAAAAGGCAUGAAAUGGCAAAUUAGUGAAUCCUACAAGGAAGAAUUUUUAAAUAAAAUAUCCGAUGGAACCAUUCUGAAGACCAGAAGAGGCUCAUCAGUUUCUAGACAGUUGAGUUUGCAUUUGGCUACUCAUAACCAUUUACCCGAAUCACACAAAUAUACAAUGGAUCAACAGAUACAUAAUGGCCCUGCUGCUCCAAUACCUCAGCAACAACAACAACAACAACAACAACAAAAACGACCACCACCACAACAACAGAAUUCACAACCACAUUACCCGAUUCCUCCGAAUCCUAUGCAAAACAACACCAUGGGAUAUAUAACACAGUCCAACAUUUACAAUAUGCCAAAUAACGAUCGUCGUUACACCCCAUUCCAACAGCAACCAAACCCGCUUAUGUAUCAACAACAACAACAACAGCAGCAGCAGCAGCACAUUGGCCAAACAUAUAAUCAAUUGGGACGACCACUUGGCCAGCUUGGACAACCAAUGAUGCAACCUCAACCACAAGGCUAUACGCUGAGUAAUAUUAAACCGGAGCAGAAUUCCCUAAAAAGAAAUCCAUCGAUUUCUAACAACUCACCAAAGUUGGCCAAAGGCACAGAUUUUGAAUUAGUAUCAACAGAAAGCCAUUCGAGAAGCGCAUCAUAUACCACAACACAGUUGCAUGAAACGUCCAAUUUCAGUAGUUCUGCUAAUGAUAGUACUUCAACUGCCCCAACUGCUUCUACCACGACGAAUGGGGACAUUGGAUUGAAUUUCGCCAGUCCAAAAAAAAUCACUGCUUUAGAAGCCUAUACACCGGAAAGAGGAUCAAAGGGCAACUCUGCAAGCACCAAUAAUAAUAAUAAUAACACUAAUAAUAACGGGAAAAAUAUAACUGGUGGUCCAAAUACAAAUCAAUCUUCACCAGCGUUUUGGAAUUUCGUACAAUUUAGCACUCCCAAUGGACAAUCCCCAGUCAGAAAGAGUAGUGAAGAAGUGGGGAAUACUAGUCCUACAUUGAAUAGAAAAAUGAAGCAUGAUAGGACAAAUGAUGAAACCACUUCACCGUUUAAAAAAGAUCAACGGACUGAAAUGAUUGAUCUGUGA